AUGUUCUUGUGGGAAGCUGCAAUUUUUUUGGCAAUCGUGAAUAUUGGAGCCAUUGCAAUAUUUUUGUGGGAAGCUGGAAAUUUUUGUGGAGUCAAGGGAUUUCUUUCUGCAGCAGUAGCUGUUGAACAAAAGGUCAAUUACAAACCCCCAAGGGAUUGUGCUUCAUCUUCACGACACACAGUGGAGAACACGUACAGUAAGUAUCUCCAUGCUAAAAUCCGAGCAAUUCUCACUCUAUUCCAUCUCUCCUUCGUCGUCUGGCACCUUGCCUACGGCGUCUUUGGUGAUUUAACUUAUCCUUACCAUCCACAAGAAAACAUACUUCUCGCUUGUGGCUCGUCUGGCAGCUUCGUCUCUGAAGAUCAAACACGGACAUGGCUCGGAGAUAAUAGCUCUCAGUACUUCCCCCUGUUUGAACCCCAAAAUAACGCUUCGAUAGUCUCUACAGCACCUCAACAACCCAACAGCAGUUCCGAGAAAUACUUCUUGAAAGCACGACUCUCUUAUUCGCCAUUCAUAUAUAUAUUCAAUCUCACGGCGGGUCAAAAGUUCAUCCGCUUGUAUUUCUAUCCAACUUCGUAUCCAGAUUUUGACAGCUCUAAAGUUUUGUGCUCUGUUAAAGCGGGUUCUUUUACUCUUCUAGGCAACUUCAGUGCUUUACAUUCGGCUGCUGCCAUAGGCCAAGACGUCUUUUUCAAAGAGUUCUGCAUUGAUAUUGUGGAAGAAGAUCAGAGGUUAAACAUAACCUUCACACCAAGUACUUACUACCACAAAGCAUUUGCUUUCAUCAAUGGAAUUGAAAUACUAUCCAUGCCGAUUGAUCUUUAUUACACCCCAGCCCAUAAGCGAUUCAAAUAUCUUGGCCAGGUGAAUAGCUAUUACAGCAUUGAAAAUAGCAGUGCCCUUGAGACGGUUUACCGAUUAAAUGUGGGUGGGAGUCUUUUGCCACCCGUAGAAGACACUGGCAUGUUUCGACUCUGGUUUGGCAAUGACAAUGACUACUUGACAGAUGUUAGACGAGUCAUUUCUCUCUUUAACAUGACUUUUGAUCUCAAUUUCCGCGAGGAAGGCAACUAUACCGCUCCAAGUCUAGUCUAUCGAACAGCCAGAUCGAUCAUAACGGACAAGAAAAACAACCAGAAUUAUGAUCUCACUUGGGAGUUUCCAGUGGAUUCUGGGUUUACGUAUUUUGUUAGGCUUCAUUUUUGCGAGUUUUGGGUAGAGAUAAUUGGAGCCGGUAAUAGAUCGUUCGAGAUCCAUAUAGCUGAAACUAAGGCAGACAUAAUUGAAUGGAGUGGUGGAAUUGGUGUACCCUAUUACAAAGAUUACGCUGUGAUAAUAGAAUCAGAAGAAAUUGGAAAGAAGCGGAAUCUCUCUAUUGCACUACUCCCAGCCCUUCAACAGAAGACAAAAUAUUCUGAUCCCCUCUUGAACGGGAUUGAAAUUUUAAAAGUGGACAAUAAAGGAAAUCUCGCGGGACCUAAUCCUGGUGCUCAGAUCAACAGCCCACAGGUCAUGUCAACAAGUCCAAAAUCAACAAAACCCAAGAUUAGUAUAAUUUCAGUCAUUGGUAUUGUUGUAUCCAGCUUUGUCUUCGUACUCUCUAUUGCAGUUUUAUUCAUUUUUCGGCGUAAAUGGAAAACAAAAAGCUCAGUUUCCGUUCCAAUUUCUUUUCCUAUGAACAAGUCAAGCCAGCCCUGCGGCUCAUCUCAAUUACCAUCUUAUCUUUCUUCAUACUUUUCUCUAUCUGAAAUCAAAGUGGCUACAAACAACUUCUACGAUAUUCUAAUUAUCGGGAAUGGCGGAUUUGGUAACGUGUACAAAGGCUGGCUUAUUAAUAAUGAGGCCACUCCUGUUGCAAUCAAACGGCAAAAUCCAGGGUCACAACAGGGUGCCCUGGAAUUUACAACAGAGAUUGAAAUGCUCUCCCAGCUCAGACACCGUCAUUUGGUCUCUCUAAUUGGUUAUUGCGACGACGGUGGUGAAAUGAUCCUUGUAUACAAUUACAUGGCUUGUGGAACCCUACGAGAUCAUCUCUAUAACACCGAUAAUCCCCCUCUUCCAUGGAAUCAACGGCUUUAGAUUUGCAUAGGUGCAGCACGUGGGCUUCAUUAUCUUCAUACUGGCGCGAAGCACACUAUCAUUCAUCGUGAUGUGAAGACAACAAAUAUUUUGUUAGAUGAGAGAUGGGUGGCCAAGGUUUCAGAUUUCGGAUUGUCCAAAAUAGGACCCUCUAGCAUGUCCCAAACUCAUGUUAGUACAAUGGUGAAAGGCACUUUCGGAUAUUUAGAUCCCGAGUACUUUCUUUUUCAGGAGCUGACAGAAAAAUCUGAUGUGUACUCAUUCGGUGUAGUGUUGUUUGAAGUUUUGUGUGCUAGACCACUUGUACUUCGAGCGCUGGAUAGGAAGCAAGCGAGUUUGGCUGUUUGGGCCCAAGAUUGUUAUAACAAUGGAACAUUUGAUCAGAUUGUUGAUCCAUUUUUGAAGGAUAAUAUAGGACCUGAGAGUCUGAAGAAAUUUGGUGAAGUAGCAGUGAGCUGCUUGCAUGAUAUAAGACAAACGACCAUCAGUGAAGUGGUAUAUGGACUUGAGUUUGCAUUGCAGCUUCAGAAAAGUGAGGAGAAGGAUGACAAAGUUGGUGAGAUUGAUAAGGAAAAAGGUACCCUGUUUGGAACCUGU